AUGGCGAGGGGGCAGCUGUCGGGGGGCGCUUGGGGGGCUCUGGUGCUGUUGGGGCUGAUGCUGCCGGCUGCACCGGCGGGAGCUUGGUACAAGCACGUCGCCAGCCCGCGGUACCACACGGUGGGACGCGCCUCGGGGCUGCUGAUGGGCGUCCGCCGCUCCCCGUACCUCUGGCGCCGGGAGCUGCCGGCAGAACCUCCGCACCGCCCUGGGGGCACCGCGUCCGCCGCAGCCCCGCAGCCCCCGGGGAGCCUCGCGGGGGACCCUCCGCCACCGCCGCCCGUCCCCGGCCGCCUCCUGCAGCGCCUGCUCCGCCGGGGCUGGGGCUGGGGGGGGCCGCGUCCCGCACCCGCCCGGCCACCGCCCUCCGCCCGCGGAGCUCAGCCUCGCCCGAUUGAAGACAUCGCUGCGCUGCGCUGA